CUCCUAGGGAACACGGAAUGGACCUGGAGAAUUUUGUUCCGCUCCUGCUGUCAGCUGCGGGAGACCUCGGGAACGUUUCGGGACGUAACGUCAUCCACUGACUGUAGCAGCGGCAGUGGCUUCAGGUCAGAGCUACUGAGGUGCUUUGUGGAGAUACCUGCUUGAGGGAGGCUACACCUUGGUGUGCAGUGUGUCACCAGGUCAGCGGAGGAGCCACGGCUGGUCAGCAGAGGCCAGGACCUGCCAGCAAUCAAGACUCUCAAUUCUGAAUCUGCGGGAGGCUGCAUUGCUGCUGCUCACCACUCCUUCAUUUUCCAGCACAGAACGUCUGAAGAUACACAAUUCUCAUAUCUUCUGGGAGUCAAGAAGGACCCUAAGGGACGUCAGAAGGUACCCUGCCCAGAAGACGGAGAGGAGCUCCAGGAACCAGGCAGUGAAGGUUGUGAUGUGAGGCGGUGUCCUCAGGUCCCACAACAGAGGAAGUCAGAAGUCAAGGCAUCUGAGUCCUCAUCACCAAGCUCCUCCUCUCUCCAGGAACCUAAGAACAUCUUCCUAGUCAAAGGAGCCAGAACAACUGCUAGGGGGAGGCCCUCCUGCAUGAAGAGGGACACGGGCUCUGGUGAAGGUGCAGGUUCUCAAGCCUGAGGGGGAGAAAGUAGCAGUCAGUGCUUCCUCUGCCUCCUCUUUCUGCUAUACUCAAAUCCAGACUACUCCAAGAGAAGUGCCUCAGGCUGGGACACUGAGUUGUCCUUAGAAUCCUCAGGGCGUCUUCUCUCCCCCACUGCCAUGGCCUCUAGUCAAAGGAGCCAAUCCAGUCUGGGCUUCAGCAGGGAACACAAGGAGCAUCGAUGUACCCUGCAGGACCAGGAAGGUCCUAAGCCCCUGCCCCUUGAGGCCCUGCGUGACAAGGUAGAUGAAUUGGUGGAUUUCCUACUCCUCAAGUAUAGCAAAAUGGAGCUGACCACCAAGGUAGAAAUGCUUUAUGGUGUCACAAAGGAUUACCAGGAGCACUUCCCUCUGAUCUUCAGAAAAGCCUCUGAGUGCUUGUAUCUGGUGUUUGGCAUUGAUGUGAAGGAAGUGGAUCCUCCUGGGAACUUAUAUGUCCUUGUCCCUGUCCUUUGUCUCACCUAUAAUGGGAUGUUGGGUAAUGAGCAGGGCAUUCCCAAAACCAGCCUACUGAUAAUCAUCCUAAGUAUUAUCUUCGUUAAGGGCAACCGUGCCAGUGAGGAGGUUGUCUGGCUUGCACUUAAUAGAAUGCAGGUGUAUGAUGGGAGGGAGCACUUAGUCUAUGGGGAGCCCAGGAAAUUCAUCACUGAGGAGCUGGUAGAGGAAGGGUAUCUAGAGUAUCGCCAGGUGCCUGAUAGUGAUCCUGCUCGCUAUGAGUUCCUGUGGGGUCCAAGGGCCCACGCUGAAACCACCAAGAUGAAAGUCCUGGAGCAUUUGUCCAAGGUCAAUAAGAGAGAUCCCAGGUCCUACCCACGUCUAUAUGAAGAAGCUUUGAGAGCAGAGCAAGAGGCUGCCAUGGAUGGGGUGGGGUACGUGCCAGAGAUAGGAUGUAUUUGGGAGCCACUACACUAGCAUAGCUCCUGCCCCAUGUGAAAUGAGGCCCAUUCUGCAGUCUCUUUGAGAAGAGCAGCCAGUUUUCUAAAUAGUAAGGGCCUGAGUAGGAUGGGAAAACACAGUCCAUAUCUUUUGAUGUCCGUUCUACUUAGGCUACUUGGAAAUUAAUAGGUGUUUUCUUUAUGAAUUUUUGAAAUCUCAUUCCUUUUUUUCAAGAUUAGAGGUGUUUGCAUGUAUUAUGUGAAGAAUAAUAUUUACCUCACAUGGAUUUUUAGUUGUGUGACAUUGAUAGUUGAUUGUGAUUUCUGAUGUGAAUAUGAUUUUGUGUGACAGUGAUCACAUGAGCAUUUUGCUCUUCCAUUCCGAGUGUUAGAAUCUUUGCUGUUUUGUAAACCAACUUGUGAAAUGUUCAUUUUAUUUGUGAUGUGGAACAAGAUACCUUAGCAUUUGAAUAGAAAUUUCUUUGGAAAUAUGUAAGAAGUUUACAUCACUUUAGAUGGAGUCCAGAAAUAGA